AUGAAGCUCAGCCUCAUACGAAAGAGCCGCAAAUUUUUAGCGCACACGGGCCCCCAACCACUAGGCUUGUUGCCAGUCCGCAACAUGCAACCGCUGCAGGCCGUGGCCGUGGGUAGCGGCGAUGUGGGAUCUAGCUCCGGCCGCUUCCACCAUGCUUCCGCUCCUGGCAGCAGCAGUGUUGGCGGCGGUGGGGGUGCCGGGCCCAACUCCUCUGCUGACGGACUCCCUGCCCACGCAACGCCGGUCCCCUGGGAACUCGCUGCCGGCAACACCGCGGCCAACACAAUUAAUAUCCCCAUUGUCCCCGCCGUACACGUACCUCUGUGCCCUGCCGCUGACGCGUCAAGUACCGCCGCGGGUAGCACACCGGUGGACAUGUCAAUCCCGCUGCCGCUGCCGCUGCCGUUGCCGCCGCCGCCCGCCAUCACGCCUCUGGGCACGCGGAGCCGGCGCGGAGCUGCCCCCAACACAAUAACGAUAGCGCCUCCGAACGGGCGGCCCGCUGUACGAGCACAGUGGCGCCGUACUGCCGUACAAGUACGCCACUCUUGGAUGCGCCUGGUUCGCCUGGGGGCACGAUGCAGCCCAGGCCGCCAUUGCAGGGUGAUGCGCACGCAGCUGGCUCAUGCGGGGCCCCCGAGCCAACCGCCGGCAACACGAACUGCCUCCUGUGGUCGCCAGGCCAACUGCAACCUCGAGGAAUCUCCGGAGCGUUUGUGCCAGCCGGAGAAUCCAAGACUGGACGAGCAGCUUUCUGCUGCCGUACCGGUUAUGGGGGCAAUGGACAUGGAAGGGCUAUCACCGGCUGCUGCCGGUGGUGGCGGCGGCGGCAGCGGCGGUGGCGACGUAAAGCAGAUGUCCCUGCUGUAUGAGGUAGCGGCGGCUGUGGGUGAGCUACAGCGCCGUGUGGCCGAGAUGUCGCCACGCAUGCCGUACAGCAUAUCGGACGCUGGCAGCGGCUACAGCUGGCCUGUGAGCACCCGUAAUAGCGCACCAGGCGCCGUCAGCGGUGACUCAACAAGCCUCAGCGGUGGCCCUAGCGCCGCUGGUCCCUGGGGGGCAUCCGUGCGCGGUGCCACCAGUUACAGUGGCGUCAGCUGCUGUGGCGCCUCUAUGGCGUCGGUUUCGGAGCGUACGAACGACGAAAGACUUUCCGUUCUGGAGCUGCAGAUGAAACGGCUGACCGCCGCAGUCAGUGACGUUGCCGCGACCGCCUCCGCCGCUGCUGCUGCUGCGGCGGCGGCGGCGGCGGCAGCGGUGCCGCUUCCAUCGACACCACCAGCAGAAUCCUUGACGAUUCCUGCCGCAAGCGCCAGCGGCGACGGCGCCGGCGGGGACUCUAAGAGACCGCCGCCUUCGCCUUCGCGUUGUGAACUUGAUGAGAAAGCACGGUUAAAGCCCAGAAAGCUCGCUCUGCCGGCUGGCCUGCUAUGUGAAGCUGCGGCGGGGUCGGCAGCGGCAGAGGCACCGCCAUCUGUUGCUCCGGACGAUCGCCAAGCUUUGUCUGGAGCCGCCACGGCCGCUGCUGCAGCCGCUACAGCAGCCGCGGUGGCAAUGGAGCGACUUCACGCCGUGGAGGAUCAGCAGCAGCACCAGCACCAGCAGCGAGAGCACAAGUUGCCGCCGGCGCCACAUGCCACUACACAAGAGCUGGAGCUACUGGAUUCCCGGGUGCGGAACUGCGAGGAGAACCUGCGGCAGGUGCAACAGCAGCUGCUGUUACAGCAGCAUCAGCACAUGCACCUGCAACAGCAGGAGGAGAUGGUAAGGAACUGGCCAGGAGAGGGCGGGCACGAGGCCGCGGGCCAGGCGGCUGUCGCCCAAGAAAACGCAGAUUGCGUUGGCGGCAUCGACGACAUUACCGGGCCGCGUGCUGCCGCUUCCCGUAUCGAGCUCCUUGCGAAUGGCGAUGAGGAGGAGAAGGAAAAGGAAAAGGAAAAGGAAAAGGAGGAGGAGAAGGAAGAGGAGGAGGAGAAGAAGAAGGAAGUGGAGGAGAAUCCGCUGGGACCCAGGUUUGUUUCGGAGAAGCCGGUGACUGUGGCGGCGGCAGCUGCAGCUGCGGCGGCGAUGCACAAGGAGGGCCGGCAGGAGGCCGCCGUUGUAGCGGCGGCGCCUUGGCUCCCUGUGGUCGAGUGCUCGCCGACGGCAGCGGCCGCAGCGUCAGCAGAGCCAUUGCACGGCAACGGCGGCAACAGUGACAAUCGGGCGCCGCUGCCAGCCGCAUCCCAGCAAGCAGACGUGCCAGCGGCGGCAGCGGCGGCGACAACCGAAGCUUCGGGGUGGCAGCAGGAGCGGCUGCUGGCGCUGUCGCGGCAGGUUCAGGACAUGGCCUUGGAGGUCACAAGCGCGCGGGCGCAGGCUUUCUCUUGCAUGGCGGAGAUACAGGCGGUUCUGGAGCAAGUACAGGCCGCGCAGGCAACGGCCGCCGCCGCCGUCGCCAGCGCAUGCAAGGCAUCCAAGGCGGCUGCGGCGGCAGAGCGAACCGCGGCGGCGGCGCUCGAUGUCGUGGAUACGGCAGCGACCGGCACGAGGGCGACGCCGCGAGGGGGCGGCAGCGGCGGCGGGGUGUCGCGACGCAGCAGGUCUACCGGCGGCAGUUGCUCCUCCACCGCCGCCGCCGCCGCCGCCGCUGGCCGUAUGGGUGGACUGCAUUCUCCCCUCCGAUCGGAGAUCUGGCCGACGGAGCCGCCGCGGUUCAGCUCACACCUACCUGGCGCUGCUGCCGCUGCAUCAGCGGCAGCGCCAGCGGCUGUAGUUCCGGAAAUGCAGCAGCGGCAGCGGCAGCAGCGGCAAAAUUACCAUCAUCAGCAACAACAGGAACGCACGGAUGAGGAGCGAUCAGCUGAGGAGGGUUUUCAAGAGGUCGAAGCUGAAGAGGAGGAGGAGGAACGCGAAUCACAUCCGCCAGAUGUGCCGCCGGCCUUGCUGCCACCCAGCCGCCAUCGCCUCGCCGUGCGCGACGUCGGCUUCCGUAUCCAGCCGGACGGCGAGGAUGUCAUCAUUGGCACCGACGGCGGCGGCACCGCCGCCGCUACGCUGUACGGCGUCAGCGCUAGCCGUGUAAGCGUUCUGGACGCAGCGCUGACGCGAAUUAGCGAGGUUGAAGCAUCGCUUCAGGAGCUCGUGUCCAAGGUAGGCAAGGCGCUGAGGAUGCGGGUGACCAAGGAUGAGCUACGCGAGUCCGUGACGCAACUGGACUUCCGGAUUCGUACGGCGGUGGGAGAUGCGGCAGCCGGCGGCAGCGGCGGCGACGGCAAUUCCUUUGCAUUCUCCAGGGGCAUCGCGUCGCUCGGGCUGCGGUCUUCCUUCUCUGCGCGUGCGCGCAUUGGCGGUGACGCCGGUGAUGUGUACGGCAGCGGCAGGGAGCUGUGGGAGAGCGGUGGCGGCGCGGCGGCGGCGCCGGCGGCGGUGGGAUGGCAUGCCGUACCUCAAGGGCCUCCCAUUGGCCUUAUGGCUCCUGGGCAAAGGCUCAACGCUUGGACCCAUCACGGCAGGCACAUCGUUGGUGCUGCUGGUGGUGUUAGCGACAGCGUCAGCAGCCGUGGCGGCGGUGACGGCGGCGGCACAGCCGCCGCAGCCGCCGCCUGGAACGCGGAGCUGCGUGCUGCCCUGGCGCAGCUGCAGCGCGGAAUGGGCAUUGUAGAGCAGCGUCUGGAAGUGGCUGAGGCCGGUGUCAUGCAAUGCAGCACGGCGCAAGCCGACUUGGCGGCGAGCUUGCAGCAAUUGCAGCUGCCGCCACAGCCGCCACAGGACAGGUCAGCCACCGCCCCGCCACAGCCGUACAGCCGCAACGGCAGUGUCGCCAGGCGGUACGGCAACAGCUUCGGUGACGUGCAGCCGCUGCCGAUGCCGUACCGCAUGGCGUCAGCCGAGGAGGUUCAGGCUGAGCUUGGAUGUAAGGACCGCAAGGUGCGGCCGUAG